AUGAUUGGUAUCAAGAAGAAUCUGAGUUUGCGAAAACUAGAGAAAAAAAAGCCUGUUUGUGGUUUGGAACCGUACAACGACUACAAAGAAAACAUUUCCCAUUCGUCCGCUCGUAAUGCAGGAGGAAACAAGCAUCUAAGAACAAAUAAAACAGAACGAUGGCUCGUACGUCAUCAACCUUUGUUGAGGAUUCAAACGUUGGUGAAGCGACUUCUUUGA